UGGCGGAGGAGGAGCGCGCACUACUUCCUAAAACCAGCGCUAAAAAAUCUUGUUGCGCUGUUUCCAAUGUUUAUGAAUUGGUCCAGAGUCGUCAGCUGACCGGUAGUGUCACUCAGCUCAACUUUUCCUAACUUGGCUGGACGCAGAUUGGAGAGGCGAGACUAAAUUUGGGGGUUGUUUUGGAUGGAGACGGAGCGCUUGUUGGCAGCGGGGUCACUGAACGGGGAGACCGGGGACUAUGGCUCCUGGUCGGGCUCGGAGCGCAGUGAGACCCGGGGCAGAGGGAGCAGGCGGCUGUCCUACUCUGUAGCCGGGGAAUCGUGCACUUUUUCGGACUGCACAGGAGAUGAGGACCUGUACGUUCAGCAGGCUGUUGUGUUCAUUGAAGAUGCCAUUCAGUAUCGCUCCAUAAACCAUCGUGUGGACAGCUGGUCACUCCGUCUUUACAGGUGCUACUACUCCAGGAUCUGCCAAUGGGGUCUGGGUCUGACGAUCGCGGUGGUUUUACUCUUGGCGUUUGUGGAGCGUCCCUCGUCUCUCUCCGCCUCCUCAGACCCCCGGCACCGCCUCCCGCCCUGGCAGCCCCCCUGCGGCUUGACCGAGAGCAUCGAGAUGAUCUGUCUGCUCAUCUUCACCCUGGACCUCGCUAUCAAGGGCUACCUGAUUGGCUGGGAUGAGUUAAGGAAGAAUAAAUGGCUGAUUGGAUACACCGUGGUCAUCACCAUCUCUGUCAUCGACUGGGUGUUGUCCAUCAGUAUGGUCUGUGACGAGAGGCUGAGGGUGCGUCGACUCUUUCGUCCGUUUUUCCUGCUGCAGAAUUCAUCUCUCAUGAAGAAAACACUCAAAUGUAUCAAGAGGACACUGCCCGAAAUAGCCAGUGUGAUCCUGCUGCUGGCCCUGCACCUCUGUCUCUUCACCAUGAUCGGGAUGCUGCUAUUUGUCAAAACUGAGGAUCCGUCCAAAAACGGCGAGUGGGAGUCUCACUUUAGAGGAUUGCCCAACUCUCUGACCUCUUUACUGGUCCUGCUCACCACCGCCAACAACCCCGAUGUCAUGAUUCCUGCCUACUCUCUGAACCGAGGAUACUUCUUUUUCUUCAUGUUUUUCAGCGUCAUUGGAACCUACUGCCUGAUGAAUCUACUGACAGCCAUCAUCUACAACCAGUUCAGAGGAUAUUUACUGAUGUCGGUUCAGACGUCCAUCAUCAGGAGGAGACUGGGGAUCAGAGCUGCUUUUCAGGUCCUGAGCUGCAGACAGGAGAAGACCACAGAGGACCAGCCCACCUGUGUCCAAGUGUCUUCUGUGCUCAAAGUCUUGUCCAAAGUCAAGUUAAACGAAUACUACAAACAAGCCAUUAUAAAGGAGGCUCGACGUCAUGAAUUCUUAGACCGAGAACAGUUCAGGAAGAUUUUUGACGAACUGGACAAAGACAGAAUCAAAGAGCACCCUCCUCUGCCUGAAUACCGCUCGCCCGUGUUACAGACUCUACAGAGAGCCUUCAGUCACUACGCCCUCACCGUCCUCGGAAACGCCGUGGCUCUGGCUAACGUCAUAUGUAUCUGUACUAUUUUGAUGCUAAACUCUGAGAAAUCCACUGCUGAGAGAGACAACUUCUACAUGGAGCUGAUAAACCUGGUGUUCAUCUUGUAUUAUCUGUUUGAAAUGAGCGCCAAACUCUUUGCUUUUGGAUGGAGGGGCUACGUCUCCUACAGGAACAACGUGUUUGAUGGAAUCCUGACAAUUCUGCUGCUGUGUCUGCAGAUCACCAUGUACGCUUUCUACAAGGCUCCAUUGUCCCCCUGGGAUCCACAGAGGCACAAUAUGGUUUCUCUUUGGGAGAUGGUUCGAUUGAUAAACAUGCUCAUCGUCUUCCGCUUCUUAAGGAUCAUCCCAGACAUCAAGCUCAUGGCUCUCGUUGCCAGCACUCUCAUGGACCUGGUCAAAAACCUCAGAGCUUUUGCAGGAAUACUGGUGGUGGUUUACUACAUAUACGCUGUGGUUGGGAUCUGGCUUUUCGAAGGAGUCAUCAAACCUCCUCCACAUCCCGGUGUUCUUUCUAACUCGACAAUGGAAAACAUCACCACUAACUACAGUAUGGUCUGUGGUACCUACGAACAGCUGGAGUACUGGCCCAACAACUUUGACGAUUUCGCUGCUGCUCUGAUCCUCCUGUACGACGUCAUGAUCGUCAAUAACUGGCAGGCCUUUGUGGAGGCCUACAGCAGAUACACCACAGAGUGGUCAAAGAUCUACUUUGUGGGUUGGUGGCUCACGUCUUCUGUCAUGUGGGUUAAUCUGUUUGUAGCUCUGAUCCUCGAGAACUUUAUUUAUAAAUGGGACCGCAGUUGCAGCUGUUCUGUCAUGGACGUGGAGCGGAUCAGAUAUGAGACGUCGGUUCAGCUCAUGUUCAAAGAGCAGAUCCAGGAGCCGACAGAAGAGGAGCUUGUGUGUCAACUUCACCAACAUCCACACCUGCAUUUAGACUGGUGACACCAAGAACCAAAGAGUCUAUGGACCCGACCAGGACCGUGAAUAAAAGUUCCAUAUGUGAGCUUUAUGUUCUGUGUUAGACCAAAAACCGGGUCGAAGGGUCAUCUCUGUAGUUAUUUAGACAAUAUAAACCACUAUUACUCCUUUACAUUGUGAAAAAGGGAAUGUUUGAUUGUGAUAAAUAAUCAGUCAGUCAGUUUUAUUUAUUCCUAAAAGGCAUUUCCGUUUUCAGCUUUAGUCAUCAAUAACCAAAGCAGACCUAUUGUACAAAAUCGACUUUUCAGAGUGUUUAUCGUUUAUUAGAGUUGUUUCCCCUUCUCAUUUCCCUCUCGAAGUUGAAUAUAGAGUGAUAUUAUAUUCUAUAUUCAAGAUGUUUCUCCAAUCUAACCCUGUUUUCACCUGUACCGGUUCACGCCCGCUGCUCUUCGUUCGCCAAAUUUAUUUUCGUAAUCAGUGAUGCGCUUAGGAUUCGGCAGCAUCGUGUAGUUAUUUUGGUACAAAUGAAAAAAAAAAUCUGAUUUACUGACAGCAUGCGGUGUGUUGUUGCGAUGACGUUUAUUGUGACUUCCGCAGUUUUUUUAACACAUAAGCAAGUGGACAAUUUUUUAUUUUAAGGUGCACUGCAUAACAUCAUGGAGAUGCUACAUUGCAAGAAAUCAAAAUCCAGUCAAGUUAAGAUGACUUGAAUUACGAAAGUUUUAUCAUGAUUUGAGUAAAUUUCACUUGACAAGUAAAAUAAUAUGACUAAAUAAUAAGACAUUUUCUACUUAAAAUAGAAAACUACAUCUUGUUACACUUAAAAUAAGAAAAACGAAAACUUUGUGCACUCCAAAUAAGAAACAAAAUUGAGUGUUGCUUGAAUUAAGAAAAACACACUUAUUCCACUGGUAGAUAAUUUUACUUGUCAAGUUGAAUCGACUCAAUUAAAGCAAAAUGUUCUUAAUUUAAGUCAUUUUAACUUAACUAGAUAUUGUUUUUUUUUCCAGUGUAUUGCUUUGAUAGUGAUGCAUUUAUUUGAUUAUGUGUGUUUUUAUUGUUAAAAACAGCUUUAAAAACACACAUUCUGACUGUGAGUGGGGUCACCUCUUCACAGAUCUCGCCUGUAAAUGAUCUGGCGGCAUUUCUUUCUUGUUUCUACGGCGACUGAAAAGUUUAAUGCCAUAUUUUGGAAGAUUGGAGGUAAAGUAAAAACAUCAGUGCACAUUUAAGUCGUUAGAUCAGUAUGUCUUCUUUAAUUAAAUCACAUAGUCAUCUUUUUUUGAUGGGGAAACAACAUUAUAACACGAUAAACAACAUGGUCAGAUCUAGCGUUUUUUUUUUAAACAAUUUUAUUUAUUAUUUUUUAACGGAAUGUAAAGAACGUCGCCUGUAAAACGUAGUAUCACCACUGUAAAUACUGUUUUCACCACGUGUCAAAAUCCGUUCAAGCCGAUGUUUCCUGUAAUUCUCAAAGACAGAAAUCCAUGAAGCAAACAUCUGUGCUAUGUUCAGAUCCAGACUGUGCCACGUGAGAGGGAGGAAGCUGUCACUCAAACUAAACAUAUAAGGUUUUAAACAUGCAGCAGCUGUGACAUGUGAGGUGAUGUACAGAUAUAGGUACAAGAACCAAGCCAAAACUAAAUAUUGUACCAAAUAGAAGUGAGUUUUAUUGUACUUUUUAGCUAAAUCCAAAUAAUUUUAUUUAUACAGCACAUUUUACAGACAAAGCAGUUUUUGAAAUCUGCACAGAGAUUGUAAAAAGAAAAUCGCAAAAGGUAUAAUUGCCAAAUAUUUGAUCAUGCUGUUCCUAAAACAAUAAAACCUGCAUAAGUGCCUGUUUACACGAGAACACUUGUGGGUAAAAACGACAAAAUAUUUUAUCAGAAGUGCCUUUCGUUUAGAUGGUGACAGUGUUUUUGGGAGCUUAAAAACACAAAAAAUCUGAAACCACCCUCCAGAUUAGAAAAGUUUAACACGUUUCACCGUAGCGUUUCCGUCUACACUGUCCAAGACGCAAAACUCUGGUCAGAUCUGCUCAUGUCGCGUACGCGUUUACGUCACAUACAUCACCAAGCAAGCAUACCCGGUCAAAUUCCACACACUUUUACUCAAAUGCGGAAUAAAAAGUGAAGACGCGACGCUGCUUUUGUGUCUUCUGUUCAGACCGUCGUCAUAUAAACGUGGCCUAAAAUCAAUUGAAGCAAACUACUUCAUUUUCUGCAUAAUAACAAUCAUAAUGCAGUUUAUCUAAUAUAUUUAAAGGUGCACUGUGUAACUUUUCUAGUGGAAGAUUCGCCACUUGCUGUUGUCUCCAUGGAGAUGUUAUUGUUUUGUCUUGAAUGUCCCGGUAUGGCAUUAAACGUCUCCAUGCCGCAUUUAUUCAACAACAUGGGUUUUUAUCGACUUGUUUUUACUCAGAGUGGGCUCGCCUCUCCACAGAUCUGGCAUGUAACUUGACCCUGUGUUGUCGUUUUCUGUUUCUGUAGAGAUAAAUAAGUGUAAUGCCAUACUGUGGAACAUUUCAGGCAACAUAUCCACGGAGAGAAGCAGGUGAGGGACCCUCCACCGGAAAAGUUACACAAUGAAACUUAAAUUCAGAAAUGUGAGUAGCAAAGUCGACAUUUAUACUCAAGUUAUGUUAGAGUAUUGUUACUUUAAAGAUGCAUUAUGUAACCUUUCUGACAGAGUGUCUGACACCUGUUUGUCUCCAUGGAGAUGUUAUUGUUUUGUCUUGAAUGUCCCGGUAUGGCAUUAAACGUCUCCAUGUUGCAUUUACUCAAUAACAGGGGUUUUUAUCGACUUGCUUUUACUCAGAGAGGGCUCGCCUCUCCACGGAUCUGACAUGUAGCUUGGCCCUGUGGUGUCGUUUUCUGUUUCUGUAGAGAUAAAUAAGUGUAAUGCCAUACUGUGGAACAUUCCAGGCAACAUAUCCAUGGAGAGAAGCAGGUGACGGACCCUCCACCGGAAAAGUUACACAGUGUAGCGAAGUCAACCAUUGUACUCAAGUUUUGUUAGAGUACUUUUACUUUAAAGAUGUAUUAUGUAACCUUUCUGAUGGAGGGUUUGACACCUACUUGUCUCUAUAGUGAUGUUCGGAAUGUUCCAGAGUAUGGCAUUAUCUAUUUUGUGCAAGGCCAUGGAAGAAAAGUUACAGUUCAGAUCUGUGGAGCAUGUUUUUCACGGUACUUUUGAGCAAUAAAAACACCUGUAAUUGAAUACAUGCAAGAGAGAUAGUUUAAUGCCAUACUGUGGAACUUUCCAGGCUAAGUAAUAGUCUAAUUCACUUCCAGGCCACUUUAAUUCUAUAGCACAAUUCGUGAAUCAAGACUGUUUACAACGAGCUGCACAUAGAGAGAAAAAAAACCUAAACUACAAUUUAACACAAUAAAAACAAAAUAAAACCAGCAGUGUAAAAACAAAUAAAUAAAACCAUAGAAUAGACCCAUAAGAGCAAAUAAAUACAUAAAUAAAUAAAAUAAAUAAUCUGUAAAACUAAGCAAUAAAAGACAACAGAGGACCACAGAACUCCCGCGGUGUUAAAAGCCAGAGAAUAAAAGUGCGAGCAGAUGCCGCAUUCACAUCAGAAAAGUUACACAGUGCAGCUUUAAGUCAAAACGUAUAAGGUUUUUAAAUUCAGGGUUGUGGUAUUUUUAUUUAAAUACUGUAUGUUUACUGCGUUUGUCGAACAGCACCUUAUGAUAUUGAAAAGUUGAUUUGCAAAAACAGAUAAGUGUCAUUUUAAAAAGUGAUCAGAUUCAGAUGCAGUUUUAGUUUACUUUACUACUACUACUACUACUACUACUACUACUACUACUACUACUACUACUACUACUACUACUACUACUACUCUUACUACUACUACUACUACAAUUUUCCUUUCUCUAAUAUAUUUUACUGCUCUCUAAAUAUUAUCUCUUCUUGAUAAAACCCUCUAAACAUUGUUGUCAUAGAUAUUAUCUGUAGAAGAGAAAAUUUUUCAAAACUCAGGUGUCUGUUUUUGCAAUUCAACCUUUCUUCAGUGCCUAAAACAACAAAAUUUUAGUCUAUUUUAGUCAUUUUAUAUAUUUUUUUUUACUAUAUAACUCUAAUUUCAAAAGUUUCAGACACUGUAAAUGACUGCAAAUGAAUACAAAUCCCUUUAAACUAAUGCAUUUUCAACCUGUUUAUCAAUUUGGAUACUUGUUGAUAUCCUUGAGUUUCAGAAUGAUGAUAAAUUAGGGCCGUUACCAUAGCAAUUAACUGUUUAAAAGAAAAAUAAUAUAUCUUUUAAUUGGGAAAAAGUAUUAGAAUGUGACUGAGGUUCUAGCCUGUAUUAUUUUAAUUGGUAAAUGUUCUCAAAUGUUAUUACAAAAACACUUAUAUGUAUUCUGUAUAAUUACGGAUUCUACUAAUUAUGGACUAAAACAGGAGAUUAGUAGUGAUUGUACUUAUAAAAACUAUUAUUUUGAUGCCAGUCUUAAUGUUUCAAUCUUUAAAGGGCCCAUAUUGUGCCAUUUUCUGAUCUGUUAUAAUGUUGUUUCCUCAUCACAAACAUACCUGGAGUUUUGUUUUGUUUCCUUCUCACAUGUUUAACACACAAACCCUGCAUUUUCAGUUCUUCUCUCAAAACGGAAAACACCCUGGUCGGCCUUGUGAUACAGGAAUUGCCCAUCUUUACCAAACUAAAGGAAAAACGGAGCUGUUAACUCGAAAACUACCGCUUCAUGACAUCGCAAGGUUUGGAACAGAGCAUUUUGAGCUUGAGCUGAACAUGUGUGGAACUCCAGGAAUGUUUUCUGUCGAGGAAACAACAUUAUAACAGAUCAGAAAGUAGCGUAAUAUGGGCCCUUUAAAGGUUGAGACUUGAGACGUAACAAUAACUGCAAAAUCGUGAUAUCGUAUCGUCAAAAGUCUCACAAUAAUAUCAUUGGACUGUCACAAUAUAUCGAAUUACAAGUUCCUUUGCUUAAAUGCAUUGUUUUAUAGAAGCAACAGCUUAUAAACAUCGGGAACUACAUAUUCCAUGAUUCAUUUCAGCGCAGAAAACAUGAAGAAAUAUGUUUUUUUCUUGAAUUCUUGGGAUUAUGAUGGAAAUAAUUCACACCAAAAAUCUUGUCAUGGUAUUAUAAAAGCAAAAAAGUGUCCCAUCUACAAUUAUGAGCAAAAUAUCACAAUAAAUAUUGUACUGUGAGAUACAUAUGUGAUAAUAUAAUAGUUGAGACAGAUGUAACAUGUUAAAAUCAGCAUCAAAAUAAUAUGUAUUUUAGAAGAACAUUGCAUUUGUGCCAAUUAUGUUACUAACCCUAUGACGUAAGAACUUUAUAACAUGACUUAAAACUCACAAGAAUCAAUUUUGUGUAAUAUAGAACCUUUCAUCAAAUUUUUCUUAUAAUCUGACAGUGUCUCAGCUAUUGAAAUUACUGUUAUUCUGUAUUCACUUUAUUUUAAGGUACACUUAUUAACAUCUAACUACCUGCUAAUUAGCAUAGUUAUAAAUGGUUAAUUUGUCAUUAAUUAGUAUUUAUUUAACCCUGAUUAAUAUCUAAUUGCCCCAUUAGCUUAUUCUGCAGUUAGUUUGAGAUUUACAAACUUUCCUAUUAAUACACUCCUUAUUACUGCUUAUUAUUAUGAUACUAGGCCAUUUUUGUUCAUGAGUUAUGAUUCUAAUAAUUUGAUGUUGUUAAGGAAUAGUAUCAGAAGAAAUGUACUUUUUCGUUAUUUGCGCCAAAAGCUCAUUAGAAGCAUAAUUCAUGGACAAAAAUGUCCAACUAUCAUAAUAAUAAGCAGUAAUAACAAGUGUAUUAAUAGGAAAGUGUUUGUAAAUGUCUAACUAACAGCAGAAUGGGGAAUUAGACGUGAAUAAGGGCUGAAUAAAUACUAAUUAAUCCCAAAUUAACCAUUUACAACUAUUCUUAUUAGCGGGUAGUUAGAUGUUAAUAAGUGUAACCUAAAAUAAAGUGUUAAUCAGAUAUUCAGAUGCUACUGAAUGUGUAAAUGUACAUACUUUGUAAAUAGCUGCUUUUUUAUGCAAUUUUACGGAAGAAAAAAAAAAUACUCCAAUUGUGAAGCCACGUUUUUACUGUCAACUUUGAUGUGAGUUUACCAGCAAGAGUAGAAAACGAGUCGAGUGAGUCGGAUACGGGACAGAAUACCACAGAGGUAAAAAAUGUUCAGGUGAAAAAUGUUCUUAACCUGCAGGUCUGGAUUUAUGAGUUUGGUUUUACUGUCAUUAAGUACAAACGACAGCCAAAACAAUGAGCUCAUGUUGUUGUUUUGCACUGUGUAACAUUUCUAGUGGAGGGUCCGCCACCUGCUUGUCUCCAUGGAAAUGUUAUUGCUUUGUCUAGAAUGUUCCACAGAGUAGCUCAGGGGUGUCAAACGCAAAUUCACAGAGGGACAAAAUUAAAAACUGGGACUAAGCUGUGGGACAAACUAAAUAUUUACUGAAAAAUUUCAAUAACGUCUGCAUGUGUUUUCCAUAUAGACAAGGGGGCGGUUCCUUUGUGAGAAAAUGUACAGUACAUUUUGCAUAUUUUACGUUCUUGUGCGUCCUUUUACUUAACAUGAAAAAAAUGUGAAACCCGAAUUUUAGACUCUAACGGUUAAUUUAAGGUCAAAUAUUUUGGUUUAGUUCAAAAUGAAAAGGCUCCUUUGUUUCACAUGAGUCAAAAUCAGUGGUGUAGUGGGGAUUUUUUAAGUCGGGGUACACGAUUUGUGAUUGAACCAGGAGGACUAAACCAGGACUAAAUCAGGUCUAAACCAGGACUGAACCAGGUCUAAACCAGCCAGGACUAAACCAGGACUAAAAAAGGAUUAGAUCAGGACUAAACCAGGACUAAGCCAGGACUGAACCAGGUCUAAACCAGCCAGGACUAAACCAGGACUAAAAAAGGAUUAGAUCAGGACUAAACCACGACUACACCAGGACUACACCAGGACUAACCCAGGACUAAACCAAAACUGAACUAGGACUGAACCAGGACUAUACCAGGACUACACCAGGACUAAACCAGAACUGAACCAGGAUUAAACCAGGACUAGACCGGGACUGAACUGGGACUAAACCAGAGCUGAACCAGGACUGAACCAGGAUUAAACCAGGUCUAAAGCAAGACUACACCAGGACAAAACCAGGUCUAAAUCAGGACUAAACCAGGACUAGACCAGCACUAAAUCAGGUCUAAACCAGGACUGAACCAGGACUAGACCAGCACUAAAUCAGGUCUAAACCAGGACUGAACCAGGACUGAACCAGGACUAAACCAGGUCUAAACCAGGUCUAAAUUAGGACUACACUAUGUCUAAAUCAGGUCUAAAUCAGGACUAAACCAGGACUAAUCUUGGACUUGAGAGUGAGAGAGAACCCCGAGCCCAUGGAGCAGGGUGUCCGCAGAUCGAGACACGGCUGCUUCUAGCCCCGUGGGGCGUGGAGCUUUGCGUUGGUCCGGCCACCGGGUGCGGCCACCCGACGGUCUAUACAGGCGCACCUUUGAGCCCGUCCUGACACUCAGUCCUGGUUCAGUCCUGGUUCAGUCCUGGUUCAGUCCUGGUUCAGUUCUGGUUCAGUUCUGGUCCGUCAUGUCUCAGGUAGAACAGUACUGCAAGUAUCAUAAGCCUAUGCAGUUUAUUUUCACCAUUGCCAAUAGCUCUGGUUUGACAUUUAAGUUGUAGACUAUUUUAUAUUUGUUAUUUUUUUAUAUCUCACGUCGGGAGAAGUGGGUGAACCCCGCACCCCCACGUACCACACCCACUACACCCCUGAUUGAAAUGAACAAAUCUGAUGUCCCUCUGUGAUUCUGGACUCGACUUGCACCUGUUUACAACAAUAACAUUCAGUAGUUUGUCUGUGUAAUUUGAUAUAUUUGUUAUAUCAAAUUAAAUAGAACAGUAGGACUAUAAUAUUAUUUUUAAAGAAUUUCUACUCACUGUGACAUUUGCAUUAACUUCCAUCACAAUCACAUAUUCAGAUGUACUGGGAUACUGGUCUUUUGCAUGGACCUGUUGACAUCUCUAUUUUUAGGUUAGUAGAAUAAUGACAGGGCAUUUCCCAGUAUAAUUCAGAUUCCUUGCCAAGUUAAACAACCAAUAAAUUACCAAUAAUUAUGGCGAGCAACUUCAUUCUUUUCAUUCAACAACUUGGUAAAUCUUCAGGUUUGUGGUUCUGAAUAGGCCAAAUUAUAAUUCACCUGAGUUGAACUUCAGUUUCCUUGUUUAUUUUUUAACAUUUUCUUGGUACAGAUGCACUCGAAACCCACAGAUUAAUAGCAUAGAAAAACAAAUGUAUUUUUAUUUAGUGGUGAAAAAGGGACGUUACUGUAUUUUGUGAAAAUAUAUUUUUGUUAAAGUAAAAAAAAAAGAUGUGCCUUGAAAAAGUGGGAAUUUGAAUGUUUGAUACUGUACACAGUUUUGUAACUUAAGAUGUAAAUAUAUUUUAAGAAGAGGAGUUUUUUAAUAAACAUUUGAAAAUAC